ACGUACCGGUAGGUUUACGUUCUUGACUAAUUUCACCUUAAAGAUAAAAGUCAAAAGAAAACGAAAACUUUCCUUUUAUUCAACUACACCCAAGAACGACAAAAGUAGAAAAUUAACAGAAUAAAAACUGGUAAAACCGAUAAACCACACGUUCGGAGAGUAAUUCCAUUAAAUUUGCAGAGCUGAAGAACAAAUCGAACAACACAAACAACUUGCCAAGAAUUGUGCGAUUAUUCCGGCAAUAGUACAGCGAAUAGCAAUUAGUCGCGGAACGCGACGAGCCAAUUACAAAAACAGCAACAGCGAAAAGACACAUCUACCAUAGGAACAGUGGCAGCAGUAGUAAAACCGCAGUGCAGUUUCAUAGCCAAACAGUUUUCGAGGAGCACAAGCGCACGCAACAGUCAAAUAGUCAGGUGUGUCAUUGCGAGAGUAUAAGGUGUGUGCAGUAAACCGGGUGUGAGCUAUCAGUAAAGUGCCAACGUAAUGCCCUUGUUUGGAAAAUCACAAAAGACCCCCGCCGAAUUGGUGCGGUCGCUCAAGGAGGCAAUCAAUGCCCUCGAAACGGGUGGGGAUCGGAAGGCAGAAAAGGCACAAGAGGAUGUUAGUAAAAAUCUUGUUUCAAUAAAGAAUAUGCUGUAUGGCAGUAGUGACUCAGAACCGCCAGCUGAUUAUGUUGUUGCCCAGUUGUCACAAGAGCUUUACAAUAGCAAUCUGCUGUUGUUGCUCAUACAGAAUCUGCAUCGCAUAGAUUUUGAAGGGAAAAAGCACGUUGCUCUUAUAUUCAAUAAUGUGUUGCGAAGACAGAUUGGUACACGCUCGCCCACGGUGGAGUACAUUUGUACAAAGCCCGAAAUCCUAUUUACGUUAAUGGCUGGCUAUGAGGACGCACAUCCAGAAAUCGCACUAAACUCCGGUACUAUGUUGCGCGAGUGUGCACGAUAUGAAGCAUUGGCUAAGAUAAUGCUACACUCAGAUGAGUUCUUCAAGUUCUUCCGCUAUGUAGAGGUGUCAACCUUCGAUAUUGCGUCAGAUGCAUUCUCCACUUUCAAGGAAUUGCUGACACGCCACAAGCUGCUAUGUGCUGAAUUCCUCGAGGCCAACUAUGACAAGUUCUUCACGCAACAUUAUCAACGAUUGUUAAAUUCGGAAAACUACGUAACUAGGCGACAAAGCCUGAAACUAUUAGGCGAACUAUUGCUUGAUCGCCACAAUUUCACCGUGAUGACACGAUACAUAUCGGAGCCGGAAAACCUGAAGCUCAUGAUGAAUAUGCUAAAAGAAAAGUCACGUAAUAUACAAUUCGAGGCGUUCCACGUCUUCAAAGUGUUUGUAGCCAAUCCGAAUAAGCCCAAGCCCAUAUUAGAUAUCUUGCUCCGUAACCAAUCUAAAUUGGUUGACUUUCUGACCAAUUUCCAUACGGAUCGUUCAGAGGAUGAACAAUUCAACGAUGAAAAGGCGUAUCUGAUUAAACAGAUAAAGGAACUGAAACCGCUGCCUGAAGCUUAGUAGCAUAGAAGUCAUCAAGGCCGAAUCGCCAACCAGCAUGUACAGCAACAACAAAAACAGCUAAAACACAAUUUCCAACAACUUCAGCAAUCCCAAAGAUACCAUCACCUUCACCGCCAUUAUCGGUGCUACCAACUUCAUCCGUUCUGCCAAUAUAGAAAUUAUGAACAAACCAUGAUCAGCGGGUACUGAAAGAUGAUUUUAACUACAAUUCAGCACGGCAGUAGGGUUUAUAUGAAGCAUGAAUGGAUGAAUGAUUGAUAAUAUAGCGGCAUCAGUGGUAAACGAGCAGUGUGUGUUUUAAAUAAAGAAAGAAAGUAGUCAUUAGUCAACACCUAAAAACAUAGUUAUCUAGGACAGAAGUAAAUAUGCAAAUUAAAUUCAAUGAUUUUCAUAUACAUACAUAUUUUAUUUCAAAAAAUUAUACCUCGGCUAAGAUAAAACAACAAAUCGAUUAUCCACCCUAACCGAAUCUUGUUGCGUUAUUUGCGAGCAAUAAGUGUAUGUCCGCUUGACCAAAUUUUCAAGGAUAAGGUGUACUACUACGAACCCUUUAACUCUCCUGACUUUGGAAAAGUUGGUGGCAUAAAACAAUAUAGUAGGUACAUACUUUUAAAUAAAGUUUAAAAUAAUUAGAAAUGCAAUAGCGUGCUUGGUAUAAAAUAUUUGGGCUUGAUUGAAGUAAAAUAUAAUAAUAAUCGUGGAUAAAAACAAACAAAAUAUACAUUUAUAAAAAAUCAAAUUAUUAAAUAGGAUAAUGAUAAAAACACAAUACGACUUACAUACAGACAUAUGUGAAAGCAACUUUAUAAAGCGGCUUACGAUUGACACUUUUGUUUUUGUUCUUUGUCAUUGUUUUGUAUGUUUGUUCAUUUUACUAUGUUUAGGAAUGCAAUUCAAAUAAAACUAGUUAUAAACUGCGAAAAAGUUAUA